AUGCUCAAGAACAUGCGGGCACACACUCACCAUGUGCAGUAUCGGCUGUUGUCGCCCAUGGUAAGCGAGCCCCUGCCCAAUCUCGUGAAGCUCAUCCCUGCCCAGUUAUAGACCGCUGACUACGAUUCGUCGUCGACCUUCUUUGGCUCGUCACUGAACUAUCCGUCCUCUUCGACCGACGCCCGCUUCCUGAGCGAUCUUCAAGAAGAGUAUUCUUCACGUUAGUUUGAUUUCCCAUCCGAAUAGUUUUAUCAGAUUGUCAAUUUUCAGUUCUUCGUCAACGCAGUCUUGCCCAAAUUUCGUUUAAAACUUGUGAACCGCGUGAGGAGGAUCGGAGUAGACGUGCAGCGAAUCGACGACAAAAACGAUGGCGAUGA